GCCCCCGCCCGCGCUACGAAGCCGCUCCACGGCCUCGGGUGUGAGGGGCGGGCCCAGGCUUCGGCCCGCGCCGCCCCAUGUGACCCGGUCCGGCAUGGUGUCGCCUCCUCCCGGGGCGGCGGCUGUGGCGGCGGCUCGGGCUUGGCUCCGCGUCGGGCCGGCCCCGCGGCCGCUCAUGGGUAGUCAGGGCGGCGUGGGGCCCCCCGGGAACGGUGGGCCCGGCGAGGGUGAGAGCGGGGAGACGAGAAAACUGCAGGAGGAAGGGAGAGCCGCGAGAGGAAAGCGGAGGAAGGGGAAGGGGAAAUCGGGAGCAGGGCAAGGCGGAAAAGGAAACGGGGCGGAAGGAAAGCCGGCGCCGCCACAGGCGAAGGAGGAAACGGGGCUGGGGGCUGAGGCGGGACCGAGUGCAGGCCCAGGAAAGGCAGGAGAGAGAGGCGGAAGCGUGGAGGAAGGGGCGAGAAGGCUCGUCAGGGGAGAUGAGGGGAGCGCAGGGGCGCGAAAGGAGGCCAAAGGGAGAGGUGAGGGGAAGAAGGAGGAAUGGAGGGUCAGGACUGGUAGGCGGGAGAGCGCCAGGCCGACAAGAGCACAGGGACGAGGGGGUCAGGCUUGGGGCCGCCUCGCGGGGACACGGGCGGCCAUGGCGACAGCGGCUGAGGAGGAGGCGGCGGCGGCCCGGGAGCCAGCCUGCCGCCCAGCCGCGGGGCCCGCACUCCUGCGCCUGCCGGAGGAGCUGCUGCUGCUCAUCUUUUCCUACCUGGACAUGCAGGCCCUCGGCCGCCUGGCUCAGGUGUGCCGCUGGCUGCGGCGCUUCACCAGCUGCGACCUGCUCUGGCGCCGGAUAGCCCGGGCCUCGCUCAACUCCGGCUUCACGCGGCUCGGCACCGACCUGAUGGCCAGUGUACCAGUAAAGGAACGAGUGAAGAUAUCUCAGAACUGGAGGUUGGGGCGCUGCCGAGAGGGGAUUCUGCUGAAGUGGAGAUGCAGUCAGAUGCCCUGGAUGCAGCUAGAGGGUGAUUCUCUGUACAUAUCCCAGGCUAAUUUCAUCCUGGCCUAUCAGUUCCGCCCAGAUGGUGCCAGCUUGAACCGGAGGCCCCUGGGAGUCUUUGCUGGACAUGAUGAGGACGUUUGCCACUUCGUGCUGGCCAACUCGCAUAUUAUCAGUGCAGGAGGAGAUGGGAAGAUUGGUAUUCAUAAGAUUCAUAGCACCUUCACUGUCAAGUACUCAGCCCAUGUACAGGAGGUGAACUGUGUGGACUGCAAAGGGGGCAUCAUUGUGAGUGGCUCCAGAGACAGGACAGCCAAGGUAUGGCCUUUGGCCUCAGGCCGGCUGGGGCAGUGCUUACACACCAUCCAGACUGAAGACCGAGUCUGGUCCAUUGCUAUCAGCCCAUUGCUCAGGUUUCUGCCUAAGCUCAACCUCCCUGAGGUUCUUGGGACUUUAAAUACACAGGAUGCCUUCCUGUGGUGGGUAGACCUGAUCCCUUUCUCCAGCUCCUUUGUGACAGGGACGGCUUGUUGUGGGCACUUCUCACCCUUAAGAAUCUGGGACCUCAACAGGAAGUUCCUGUGGUCCCUCUUCCCUCCAGCUUCAGUGGAGCUGCCUGGGCAGCAGGGUAGGUAGGGCCCUCACCUGAGCCCCGCCACCUCAAAGUCUGGGAUCCAGCCACACUCUGCUGUUUUUCCUACCCAGGUACUCCGGGGCUCCUCUGGGAAGCUGCAGACAGCCCAGCCUGGGGAACAGGUCUCCUUCAGGCAGCCCUCCCCAGCCUGUGUCUCAUUCAUCAGGCUCACAGGGGCGGCCCCAUCUGUCUUUAUCUUUCCCUGGGUCGAGAGAGAAUUGCUGGAGUCAGGCUAGGGGGAGGCUGGGGUAGAGACCCCCCCAGCCCUCAGUGGCUCCUGGCAGCCCCGGCUUUGUGCACAGGAGCGGGAAGGGAAGGACUUUUUGUCUGGUGUCUAUAGUGCAGACCUGGCCCUUGCUCCUGUCUUGGCCUGAGGCUCUAAGCGGCAGCCCCUUUCCCACACAAGUUGUGCGACAGCCAAGGCUCUGCACCCCUCCCUCACGCCCCCCACAGUGAGAGGCCGAGAGGCAUUCUUAACAUUCUUUCCAGAGAAAAGGGGUGAAACGUCUGAAUUUGGGGGUCACCACGUUAUACAAAUUGCAAUCUAAUCGUUUUUACAAGAACACACUUGCAGUAAGAAAAGGAGCCCGGGAGGAGGGGCCCAGGAGACAGACAGCUUGUUUUGUCCCCCUUCCCCCCAAAGUUUGGGGCUAUUUUGGUGCUCAUCUUGCUCCCUCCACCACAGUGGUUGAGCUAGAGUUUUCUAGUUAAAUUGGUCCUGUGGUGGGGGCCACGAAGGGCCCAUGGUGCCAUUUCUGUUUGUUUUCCCAAAUCAAAGCCCCAGCAGGGCUUCUAUGGCACCGCUGGGCUGCUAUUUGAAGAGACAGGGCCAUUUCCCAGAGCCUGGUGUGUCAGUUUAUGCUCUGAACUUAACCUCACGGGUACUGCACAACAGAGCCUGGAGCGUCCCAGGCCCAGAGGCAAAAGAAACUGUAUCUUUUUAUUGGCCCAUUUAAAGUGUGUGUGGCCAUUUCAGGGAGUCAGAACUAGUGUGGCAGAAACUCCUCAGGCCCUGACCAGGCCAGGCCGGCAAGACAGGGGCUUUGGGGCCUUGUCCUGGUCUCUGGGGGCUGGUGCUCGCUCAGCCUUUGGGUCUCCCCAGAGGGUAGGGUUGGAGAAGGAAAUGGCAACCCACUCCAGUAUUCUUGCCUGGAGAAUCCCAAGGACGGAGGAGCCUGGUGGGCUGCCGUCUAUGGGGUCACACAGAGUUGGACACGACUGAAGUGACUUAGCAGCAGCAGCAGCAGAGGGUAGGGUUAUGUGUUUCUUAUUGCACAGGCUGGCAAGACACUUUCCAGCGGUGGCUGAGAUGCCACCCUGGCUGGGCAGGGCCCAGGUUGGCAACUCGGUGUGGGUGUGGUCAUUCUGCUGCCGACCUUCUGUCCACGGGUGCCUGGCUCUCCUUCAUUCCGAACCCUGGGACCAGGGGUGGGCAGGUGGAGCCAUGCUGGGCUUCACGCCCCCAGUCUCCACUGCCUUUCAUCUUCUAUUUCAAACAGACAAACAUGAAAUUACUUCUAUAGAUUAAAGGGGAGAGCUCCUCAGUCUUGAAGGCCUCACUAAUGGAGGGGGCAGGGCCCCCAAAUCUGGGGGGCAGAACUGUGGAGCAAAGCAGCCUGGAGCCAGUGGACGACAGAGACAGAAAGCCCAGGACCUCAGCCCCUCUGACCUGCCCAGGAGUGGUGCCUCAUGGCUGGUGGGCCUGCUUGGGCACUGAGGUCCGUGAUCUCUAGGAGAUGCUGAUGUCGGGAGAAGGCUUUCUGUCUGAGCCCUCACCACACAGAGAGGAACAGCACUUCCUGGGAAGGAGGCUGGGGGCAGAAGUGCCAACUUAGGGCCUACCCCCACCCUGCCCUGACUGGACAGCAAUAGUGCUGCUUGCUGGGGGUCCCCUCACCACUCGGUGCUCACGGGAAAGGCAGAGUUGGGCAGAAAGAACCUGCGGCCGCCUCCUCUCCUCCUCCAGGGAAGGUGGCGGCUCCACUGAGGAGAGCGGAGGUUGAGGGUCAGGGUCUGUGAGGCAGAAGGACCGGAGCUAAGGCCCACGUUCACACACGUGGCUCGUGGCUGCUUUGGUGAAACCUGGUUGGCCAAGGCUGGGCUGGUGAGACCACAAAGUCUUCCCCAACCCAUGCAGGGCCUCUUACCUGGGUGUCCCUGUGUAGUGUCCACGGCCCAGUUUUUCCCGUCACACCAUGCAGGAGAGUCCAGCAUGUCCCGAGUGAAGGUGAGGGGUCGGCCUGGAGCAUGCCCCCUUCUUCAUUCCCCCCAUUCUGAAGAAACUCACCGCUUCUACCCAUCCCAUAGCCACAGGGAUUAGCGGGUAUACUUGAUGUUGAGGGGUAGUUGCUAGGGCCAGGAGGCCCCCCUAGGUGGUUGCUAGGGGUCUGGCAUCAGGGCGAAGGGUCUGCCCACUGCCGCGGUCACGGAGGGAAUUACACAGUCACAAAGAAAUUGUUCUUCUCGGUAAUCUGCUCUUGGCCACCGGGAGGGGCGGGGGGGGCAGGCUGGAGCCCAGCAGGCUGGGGGCUGUGAUCACAGAGGCGUGCUAGCCCCAGGCUGGGGGCCAGCCGGGCCAGGAACACCAGGGACCUGCCUGCUAAGCUGCUUUCUCAGCGAUUUCUCUCCCCAGACACAAAGGUGUUUACUUGUUUUAACAUCUCCUGGGACUCCCCUUCUCCCUUUGUGUGGUCUUUAUCCCCAAUGAGGUUUGAGCCCCAGAUUACAGGCAGGAAUUAAGGCAUUGGACUCAGGCAGCUCAGAACUGCAUGACCUGCAGGAUCAAGGCAUAUAAAGUAACCAAAUGUGUGUGUGUGAGGGGGGCCGACCCCUUCAGCAAGGCCCAUUCAUCGUCCCAAGGAGGAGUGGCUGGGUGGCGGGUAGCCAGCGUGCAGGUGUGAUGGAGAGGCUGCUGAUGGCUGACUGAGGCCUCGGCUGGGGGAGGGGCAGGGGCUGGGAACAGGGGAGAGGGCUGGAAGUCCAGGGCAUCUCCUUUGGCCCCCUUCCUCUGAGGGUCUUAAUUCUGGCUCAGGAAGGAGCCCAGGGACUGAUGCCACUUGCAGGUUAAAAGCGUGUGUGGGCCAAGGCAGGACAACCUCUCAUCCCCUGCCCCGCCUCUCU